AUGACUUCCAGCUCUACUAUAUUCUCUUUCAUCUCUCCCUCUACUCAUCUUCUCUCCAUUCAUACUGCUGAUGAUUCUCUCAUGUCUGUCAGUCAUGUUGGGACUGUUUCCAGAUCUCAGUUAUCUUUACCUCAAGUUUAUCAUAUCCCUGCUCUCACCUUAAAUCUUAUCUCUAUUAGUCAAUUAUGUGAGCUUGGUCUAAUCGUCACAUUUUCUACUAAUGGUUGUUUGGUGCAGGACCCUCAGAUAGAACAGACUAUUGGGAUCAACCAUAAGCAUGGACGUCUCUAUGAACUCAUUCAACUUCAUGUUCCAGACUCCCCACAGAUCGCUGCUCCUGCAUCUACUUCCUCUUUAUCUCAUUUUCGUCUUUGGUAUUGUCACUUAGGACAUCUUUCUAUUAGUCGCUUAAAGUCUUUGGUUUCUAGUGGUCAAUUGGGUCAUGUACUUCAAGAUACUUUCGAUUGUUCCUCCUUCAUCGAGACGCCCUUGUUGAUCCCUGAUCCCGGCCAGACUGUUCUCCUUGAUGGUCCACCUCUCCUUGCACCUUUUAGUCCGUCUCCUCCUUCUUUGCCAGCUCUUCCCCCUACCGAUUUUCUCACUGGUCAGCCGCACCGGCAAGCUAUGACUGAUGAACUUCAGGCUUUGGACAAAAUUCAUACUUGGGAUGUUGUUGAUCUUCCUUCUGGCAAGACUGAAUAUGGCAUUGAUUAUGAGGAGACUUUCUCCCUUGUUGCUCGACUUACCUCUGUUCACAAUUUGCUUGUUGUUACUGCUGCUCGCCACUGGGACCUCUUUCAGAUGGAUGUCAAGAGUGCCUUCCUUAAUGGUAAUCUUCUUGAGGAGGUCUACAUACAACCUCCACCUGGGUCUACUUAUCCCAUUCAUAAGCAUGUUACAUGUGGUACUGUUCUUCUUCUCUCUAUUGCUUCUGCCGAUCAACCUGCUGAUGUUUUCACCAAGGCUCAUCCUCCUGGGCGCUUCAAUGAUCUCGUUUCCAAACUUAACUUGGUGGAUGCCUACCCUCCUUGA